AGAGAGAGAGAGAGAGAGAGAGUUUGAUACGUGCGAUUCAUGUGGAGAUGGUGGUUGUGGUGGUUCUCACUCUGUAAUGGGUUUUUGGAUAUUUCUUCAUUUCUUAUUACUGACAGUAUCUAUCAUCUUUCUUCCCUUUUUUUUCUUCUCUCUUUUUACUCCUUUGGAUGUAUUCGAAUAAUUAAAAACAGAGCCCCAACAAAUGCUUUUGUCUCUCCUCAUCUUCCAUUUCUCAUUCUAUGCUUCUUCCUCAAAACGUGUUUCUUCUUCAUCUUUCGUUCUCAUCUGGUUUUCUUCUUUUCCUUUUCCAUCUGGGUUUUGUCUGCUGAUACGUCUUGUGGGUGUUGGAAGCUCCAGGCUGAGGUAUUGGGUGUUUGAGUCUACUCUUUGAUAGUCUGAUUGUGGCAGGAGGAAAGGAGGAGGAAUAAUUUGAAUUUUGGAAUUCAGAAGCUUGACAAGAGUUGUUCAGGAAAGUACCAAAUCGAUUGAUUUUGAAGCUUUUCUUAUAUUACUUCCUAAAUCAAGCGAUCUGAGAAUCAGGAUUUGAAGUAUUGAGAAUCGAUCGUUGAUUGAUUUCUAGUGUUGGGUUUUUUUUUCCACCCACCAUGAGCAAUUAGCAUUAGGUUUUUGGGGCUGUGAAAUUGAAAAUUUUGUUUCAACCGAAGAGAGAGUUUGUUUGGUUCAGAUUUACUUGUGAACUGAUUUGCUGGAUGAUCUUCUGAAUACGAUCAUGGAGAAUAGUUUGAAAGAAAUAUCGUUGGAGAAGCAGCCAAGCUCUCGUGUGGUUAUGGAGAGGCAGAAAAGCAUUAGAGGGUUCAUGGAGAAGCAGAAGAGUUUUCGGAUGGUGAUGGAGAGGCAACUCAGUUUCAUGGGCGGGGAGAGGAAGAAGACGAAGGAAUCACCUGGGAAACGUGGGGAUUCACCACUUCACUUGGCAGCACGAGCUGGAAACGUAGUGAGAGUCAAAGAGAUUCUUCAGAAUAGCAAUGAUAAAAAUGAGUCAAAUUCAUUAUUGUCAAAGCAGAAUCUCGAAGGUGAGACUCCUCUCUAUGCAGCUGCUGAAAAUGGGCACGACUUCGUUGUUGCAGAGAUGUUGAAAUAUUUGGACCUCGAGACUUCAUUUAUGGCUGCCAGAAACGGAUACGAUGCUUUCCACGUUGCAGCAAAGCAUGGCCAUCUCAAGGUGUUGCAGGAACUUCUUGAUGUACAUCCCAACUUGGCCAUGACCACAGACUCGGUCAACUCAACUGCUUUGCACACAGCUGCCAUGCAGGGGCACAUUGAUGUGGUAAAUCUCCUUCUCGAAACAGACUCAGAACUUUCUAAGAUAGCUCGAAACAAUGGUAAGACUGUCCUUCAUUCAGCUGCCAGAAUGGGCCAUGUUGAAGUUGUUAAAUUAUUAGUAAGCAAGGACCCAACCCUCGGAUUCCGAACUGACAAGAAGGGGCAAACCCCACUGCACAUGGCUGUAAAAGGGCAGAACGAUAGCAUUGUGAUGGAGUUACUAAGUCCUGAUCCUUCAGUUUUAACUUUGGAAGAUAACAAGGGUAAUACAGCAUUACACAUUGCAGUGUUGAAGAGACGUACUGAGAAUGUUCGUCGCCUAUUAUCUGUUAAUGGAAUUAACAUCAAUGCCAUCAACAAGAAUGGAGAAACCCCACUUGACAUUGCGGAGAAAUUUGGAUCUUCAGAACUUGUAAACAUCUUGAAGGAAGCAGGUGCAGUCAUUUCCAAAGACCAGGGCAAACCCCCAAGUGCAGCCAAGCAACUUAAGCAGACGGUUAGUGACAUAAAGCAUGAUGUUGAAUCCCAACUACAGCAGACCCGCCAAACUGGUUUUAGGGUUCAGAGAAUCGCGAAAAGGUUAAAGAAACUUCACAUUAGUGGUCUCAACAAUGCCAUAAACUCUGCAACUGUUGUGGCUGUUCUCAUUGCUACUGUUGCUUUUGCGGCUAUAUUCACCGUACCAGGACAGUUUGUCGAGCAGAAAUCGAAUGAUGAAACUCUGGGACAGGCACAUAUCGCUACAAAUGCAGCUUUCAUCAUUUUUAUGGUCUCCGACAGUAUGGCAUUGUUCAUUUCCCUGGCAGUUGUAGUUGUCCAGACAUCUGUGGUUGUGAUUGAACAGAAGGCAAAAAGACAACUGGUUUUUGUAAUUAACAAGCUCAUGUGGUUGGCUUGCCUCUUCAUUUCAGUUGCCUUCAUUUCAAUCACAUAUGUGGUUGUUGGGUCAAACCACAAGUGGCUCGCCAUCUGCGCAACUGUGAUUGGUAGCACAAUAAUGCUUACAACAAUUGGUUCCAUGUGUUAUUGUGUCGUUCAACACAGGAUGGAGGAGUCAAAAAUGAGAAGUAUUAAGCGAGGGGAGAGCAGAUCUCGUUCCUAUUCCAUGUCUGUUGUAGCAUCAGAAUCAGAGUUGUUGAAUAACGAAUACAAAAGGAUGUAUGCACUUUAAAGGCGAUUGAUAUAGAGAUAGGGUACAAAAGCAUAUAACUAUUACCAGGUGAUGGUUUAUCUUAGGUUGUAGUAACUGGUUUCUGCCACUCAUCGACUCGGUGAUUUGGUGCUGGUCUUCAAUAGCUAUGGAGCUUUUGACAUGCAACUGGGAGCAUGGAUUGGAACACCAGCAACAUUGGUCCACAUUAGCCUGUGAUCUUUUUGCGUCAUGCUCAAACAAAAGCAUGACAGCGAGGAUAAUAAACACUAGAACUUCAAUGCAGAUGAUAUCCAGAUAUUAGAGUAUGGUAACAGUUCACUUAUGUAUAUGUAUAUGCCUAUCUACCAUUGCCAAACGAUGAUGGUGUUGAGGUCGAUACCAGUGAUCAAUACCGUCACGUUUUGGGUUUUGUAGAUAUUCCAUUGAGUCUUUAUACCAUCACAUACUGGGUCUACAGAUGAUGCCUGCGUAUUAUUUAUACCAUCUGCUCUCAAUUUUCCUGUAUAUUCCAUGAUAUGGUAAUUUUAUUGCCUGAAUAUCUCUUUUCA